AUGAUGAUGACGAUGAUAAUGGUGGCGGUAAUGGUGGUGAUGGUGAUGGUGGGUGUGGUGGUAGUGGUGGUGGUGGUGAUGAUGAUGAUGAUGAUGAUGAUGGUGAUGUUGAAGAUGAUGAUGGUGAUGGUGGUGGUAGUGGUGGUGAUGAUAAUGGUGGUGAUCAUGAUGGUGGGGGACGUGGUGGCAGUGGCGGUGGUGAUGAUUAUGAUGAUGAUGACGAUGAUGAUGGUGAUGGUGAUGGUAGUGGUAGUGGUAGUGGUACUAGUAGUGGUGGUAGUGAUGAUACUGGUGAUGAUGAUGAUGGUAAUGGUCGUGGUAGUGGUAGUAAUGAUAAUGGUGGUGAUGAUGUUGGCGGGGGACGUGGUGGUAGUGGUGGUGAUGAAGAUAAUGAUGAUGAUGAUGACGAUGACGGUGAUGGUGGUGGUGGUGGUGGUGGUGGUGGUGAUAGUGAUGGUGGGGGUGGGGAUAGCGGUGGUAGUGACGAGAAUGAUAUUGAUGACUAUAAUAAUGGUGGUGGUGGUGAUGAUGAUAAUGAUGAUGGUGGUUGGGGUGAUUGUGUUGGGGGUGGUGGCAGUGGUGGUGAUGAUAAUGAUGAUGAU